AAAAUUGUCGUAAGAUUCAAGGUCGUUCUACGAUGGAGCGGUCUCGACUUGAGUCGUGCCUUCAUUUUGAGAAGCGGCUGGGCAAAGACGAUUUGCAUGAUUGCUGUCUGCUUCCUCAUUUGCCUAGCUAUGUUCUUCCGGUCACUUAUACACAUGAUGGAUUCCACGAAGCCAAUGACAAUUGAAUGGGCGAUCAGUUGCGUUUGGGGAUUCAUGUCAAUACACGGGUUCAUCUCCGGUCUAUGCGUAGCGUCAUGGACAAAAUCUCGCUUCUUGCUGGAAUUCCAGGAUACUCUAGCUAGAGUUCAGAAGCACAGAGGUCCAAUUUACGGGAAAGUAAAUUUAUUAGGCAUUUAUCGAAAAAUCAUCAUUGGCGCAGUAAUCUUUGUUGCAACUUGGGCAAUGUCGUCGAUGAAAGGUAUACUGUAUGAGGGAUCUCCGAUCAAUUCGUCGGCACCAUUCUCGGUUGGGUAA